GUGAGGGGAGGGUCGUGCGGCCGCCUCCCUCCGCCGGAGCCCUCGUCUGUCUAUGGAGGAGUACACGGAGGUGGCCGCUGCUGCGGCCGGGAAACUGCUCGCCUACAGCAAGGACCGGGCGGCCUGGAACCUGUGCAGGAAAACUGGUGAUGUCGCGGUCUACUGGAGGCCAUCAACCGAGUUCACCGGCAACUUGUACAAAGGAGAAGGUCUGGUGGCUGCUAAACCAGAACAUGUCUGGGAAUUCUUAAAACCAGAGCCUGGUGGCCUGAGAGUGAAGUGGGAUAAAAAUGUGCAUGAUUUUCAGCUCUUAGAAACUAUUACUGAUGACAUCACUAUUUGCCGAACAGUGACACCAUCAGCAGCCAUGGGCAUUAUAUCUCCUCGGGAUUUUGUAGAUGUGGUAAUGAUCAAGAGAUACGAGGAUGGUUCCAUAACCUCUAAUGCAACAAACGUUGAGCACCCAAGCUGUCCUCCCCAGCAUCCCUAUGUCAGAGGGUUUAACCAUCCUUGUGGCUGUUUCUGUGUUCCCGUUCCUGGGGAACCUGAGAAAACACAAGUUUUAAGUUUCUUCCAGACAGAUCUUAGUGGCUACCUCCCCAAAUCUGUUGUAGAAUCCUUUUUCCCAUACAGCAUGACUCAGUUUUACAACAAUCUCUCAAAGGCUGUCAAAGCAUUAAAUGUAUGACACAGAGCAUGGCCCAUUUUUAGAUGAACGUUCUACUUGGAAGAGGUCAAGAGGUUCAGCAAGGAUCUGCAGCAUGUAUGUUACAACCUUAGUACUGCGUACAAAUUGAUGCAUAUUGAUUUCCAUUUACAUAGCAGAGCAACUAUUUUACCAGAUUGUCUAUUGUAAAUGAUUUUGCAAGUAAAAAUAUUCUAAUAUUCAUACAAUUUGUGCUAAGGACACAAUAAAUAUCAUUUACAAAGACUCAUGCAAAACUAGCAGUAAAUGUCAUGCAGACAGUGGGGUUUAAUGGGAAUGCGGGUGAACAUACAUAUAACCCAUUUAUUUCAACGGGGAGGGGACAAGAAGACAUGACCUGCUCUUCCCUGGUGAAUGGGACUAAAAUCAAACCAUUCGCAGGAUCUGAAAAGUCCCCUCAGUAGGAAUCACUGUUUUAUGAACUAUUCUAUUUCUUACGUUGCCUGCCACUGCCCCGCUACUUUGGGCGGGCACAGGCACCGCUC